CAUUCUGCAGCAGCCUAAAGCCCCCAGCGAACCUGUUGUUUAGGGAUGAGAUCUGUUCUGUAAGGUUUGGAAGAUUUCCCUUUUGCUCCUUUGCUGAUUUUGAAGCCUGAGCUAUAAGCGGUCACCAGCACCGGUGUGGGAACAGGACUGGAAGCACAUGGAUCCCACCAGCAGCAGCUGCAUGCGCGCUCCCCAGCCUCCUGCCCCGCUCUGGGGGUGCCUGCGGAGCACCCACAUGGAUGUGACCCCGGCGUCAGGGCUGAACCACUACCCCCCAGCGUCCUUCUCCUUCCAUCAAAAGUCAGAUUUCGCUGCUUACCCCGAUUUCGCAACCUCCUGCCUGGUCACUGCUCCCCACAGCUUCCCGCACGAGGAGCGGACGUUCGUGGAGCAGCAUCCCUCUUUCCAACACUCUGACUGGCAUUUUGCAGCAACCGAAGCCAGAAGACGACUGAAGCCAGGACUGGCUUCUGGGGAGUCGGAAGGCAGCAGCCCAAAUGUAGUGAGUGCAGCGGUGGGGAUGAGUGAAGAUGAUGAGGUACCAGUAAAUACUACAAAUGAGACUGAGAACAAGGCAUCGAAAAGGAAAAAGGAGAACUCAGACACCCAGAAUUCAAGCAGCAAGGCAGAACCAAGCAGCAAAUCCCGGAAGGAAAGGACAGCUUUCACAAAGGAGCAGCUCCGGGAGCUGGAAGCUGAAUUUGCCCACCAUAACUACUUGACAAGGCUCAGGAGAUACGAGAUUGCUGUGAACCUGGAUCUCACCGAAAGACAAGUCAAAGUAUGGUUUCAAAACAGAAGGAUGAAGUGGAAACGUGUUAAAGGUGGGCAACAAGUGUCCCCACACGAACAUGACACGGAAGAUGCGGACUCUGCUGCCUCCCCCAGCUCUGACUAGUCCUUGCAGCGACGAGAGGGAAGCAUGGAGAAAGACAGUGAUCAGAAAGUGGAUGCAACACUGCUUUGGUUCAG